AGAGCCAAGCGUGACCUAAGCCGCAAUAAUACAAACAAAAACAAAAGGUGGCAACUCCUCUCCCCCAAGUCAAACACGUUCUCUCUUCUUCUUGUGGCGUGAAAAUGAGCCUAAAAUAUCGGCAAACACCUUCUAGUAGCACAAUAAAUUAAGUUCAGAAUACAGAAAAGGAGUAGAAAAUGAAGCCCAAAAGUCUAUUUAAGCAAGCAUCGGAAACAUUUGCAAAACAAGUUAUUAAUCAUUGCCUGCCAAGCCUGAGACGAUGUUGGGUCAACAGGCAGUAUCGAGGAGGGAGCGAAGGAGCUAAGAAAUUAUUAGUUGAUGUGAAAUACUGGUAUGACAAGAAUGAAUGGUUUGGCAAUCCACAUUCAGUAAUUCGCAUGCUUGUUGGAAGAGCUUUCAGUGAAGUUCUAAGGGUCUUACUCAUACAUGACCUGCCAGUACUGCUGUUCUUGUUCAUUUUGCAAGCAAUGUUUUGCAAUGAAGUGGGAUCCUUGUGCCCAGUUAUGUGUGAUCAUUUCACCAAAGCAGUCUCUCAGACAGUGGGCAGUUUUCUUCAGGCCAUGGCACCCUUUGCACUGGAGACCUUACACACAACUUCUAUCAUUUUUGAUCAUCCUGUACCCAUUGUUAUUUUGUUGCAAAAUUCCCCACACCUGAAGGAGAUACACUUACGUUACAACUUAAGUGACUACAUCUUGCUGCAGCUAAAAAAAUGGUGUCCACGUCUAGAGUUCAUAACACUGAGUGGUAGAAAUAACAUAAGUGAGGAGUGCCUUUUCACAGCCUUUUUCAAAGGUUUGAAGAAAGUGAAAGUGAUGGAAUAUGUCAACAAUAGAUCUGCUUGCCCCUUGUCAUUUUCCAAACUGAAGAGGGUAAAAUUAGAGUUGCACAGGAAGAACUUUGAUGAAUUCUUGUUUUUCCUUCAGUUUUUCUAUCCUGGUGUUCAGUGUAAUAUCAACAAAUUCAUAAGUGGAGCGGGGGUGUAUCCAGUAGUCUUCAAAUCACUGCUGGAUCCACCUGCUUGUUUAAAAGGCAAAGGAACAUUUAAAGUAGACACAGUAAGAUUUGCAGUUCCACCAACUGCUGGGGCAUUAAAAGAGUAUGAUCCAACUGUUACUUACUCUUUAGUCAGACAUUUCUCAUUUUCUUGCAGGGAUAUAAGUGCUUCUCAUUAUUCGGAAGCCCUGUCUAAGAUAAAAGACCUUUUAAAACUAUUGGGAUGUUCCAGUGUUUUUCUUGCAGUAUAUCCCAAUGCAGUAAACACAAGUUUGGUAGCCACAGAUCUCCUUGAAGAGUUGGGUCCUAAGUUAAAGGAAUUGCAUAUAUCUGUGCAUGUACCUAUGGACAAUGAAACACUAUUCAUGUAUCUUAAUGCUUGUCCAAAAGUAAAUUUAUUUUGCAUAAAAGCUGCUAGGUUUAUAUUUGAUUCUCCUUGUACAAAAGCUCAUUUGAGACCUCAUCUGCAUAUGGAAACAUUAAGUAUUGAGACAGAGUAUCCAGUAGACGUUGACCAUUACACUCAAAUUGUUGAGAACAUAAUCUGUGCUGCACCAAGACUGACAACAUUGGAAUUGAUAGGACAGGAAAUCCACAAAACUGUGAGAAAUUUAGCAAUUUCAGGAAAACUUGCUGAGAUUCAAGUUCUUUCUCUGCAUUGGAAAAUAAUUGAAAUAUCUUAUGAUGACUGGAUAUUAAAGUUUUGCAUCUUUAUAGGAACUCAUCUUUCGUCCCUUAAAGUGCUCAUGUUAAGUCAUUUUCCAGAAGUCUCUCUUUUAAGAUUUAAGGCUUAUUUCCAAUACACUGAUUUAGAAGUAGUGGAGAGAAGGCUUCCAUUUGUUUCUGAUAUAUGAAUCAAGGAAGGCAAUAGUUAUCCCAAAGAACAUACAUAGUACUAUCAUGAGGACGUUAUUGUAAUUGCUUUUCUGUCUUAAGUAAUUAUAUUAGCAUAACUACAGAUUAAAUAAUAACCUUAUUGUGAUGGAUUCAACUGAUGGAAGUAAAGCCAAAAAUUGAGAAUAAUCAGUCAUUCAGCUUUACUUUUUUUAUUAUUAUUUUUACUUUUCUGUUUUCUUAAUAAGGUCAGAGAUCUCACCUCCAAUAUCUGCUAUAGAAGGAAAAGGGGCUACAAUAAGCCUUGGAAUUACUAUAUGUGAAGUACUGUGCUGUGUCUUGCUUUUUUUUUUUUUUAUGUUUCUGGUGGUAAUGGUGGUGAUGAUUAUUAUUGUUAUUAUUAUUAUUAUUCUCAUCACCAUUAUUAUUUUUUAUUACUAUUAUUAUUGUCAUUAUGUCAUUAUUAUCAUGAUCAUCGUUAUUAUUUUUUAUUGUUAUUAUGUAUUAUUAUUAUUAUUAUUAUUAUUAUUAUUAUUAGUUUAUUGUUAUUAUUGUUAUUGUUGUUACUAUUGAUAUUGAUAUUAUUAUUAAGGCCUUCUGGAAAAGAAGCUAGAAGUUGUAUGAAUUAUUUAUAAUUUUGUCAUCUUAAGGGUCAUAUGCGAUAUAGCUAGCUCUAGUCAGCCUUUGUUUCUACUGAAGAGUUUCAGAUACUUUUUUAUCAAUACUGUAUUUUUUGCCUAUUUAUUUAUUUAUAUAUUUAUUUAUUAUUAUUUUGUUUUACUGAAAGAAAUCAAUGGAAGUACACCCAUACCUUUUUUAUGGAAGUUCUCUUUUGCACUGUUCAAAUAUGACUUUGCAGAGCACCCUGGAAUUCAUUUUUAUAAGCUUUUUAUUUAUUGCAAGUUUUCUGUGUAAAAGUGAAGUGCCAUUAUGCCAUGAAUUUAUUUAUUUAAUGUAUUAUUUAUUUUUAUUUUUUCAAUUCUUUAUUUAUUUUUUUUUAUUUAGAGAAUUAGAUCAUAGAUUUUAUUAUCUGCUGAUUAACUGAUUGCCUGUGUUAAGUAAGAUAUGUUAGUUGUAUUUACUAUAUUUUCUCUUUAGUUUUACAAGAAGAUUUUAUAAUUUUAUAAUCCUGCGAAGCAAUAUUAUGAAAGAAAAACUCAAAAGGCAACGGAAGUGAUGUGAAUACAGUUUUGUAAUGAUAUUUUAGUAUAUAUAUGUGUGUGUGUGUCUGUGUGUAUAUAUAUAUUUAUGUAAGUAUAUUUUGAAGUUAUACUUUUUAUGGAACAAGCAUAUUUUGAUAUUCAAAAGGUAAUAAAAUGAAAAACAGAAUGUCUAGGUUG